GCUGUCCUCCGCUCCACCAGAGGGAGACAAACAUGAAGGAUGAGGUGGUUACAACAUCAUAACAUCCGGUUGUCAGGCUGAUGGGUAAAGCUGUGUGCAGGUAGCUGUCAGAGAUGGGAGUCUCAAGGUUACCGUCUGCAGCGCUGACUUUCAAACAGUUUUUGCAGAGACAGAAGGUUUUGGGGAUUUACAGAAAUAUGAUGAAGACCAUUCGACAGGUACCAGACCAGACGGACAGGAAGUACCUCAGUGAGUGGGCGAGAGACGAGUUCAAGAGGAACAAGAACGCCACAGACCAGGAUGCGAUCCGUAUGAUGAUCACUCAGGCUAACAAGCACCUGGAGGAGAUGAAGACCACUCUGGCGUUGGCCAAGAGUUGACCUGUGAGCCGCUGUGGAGCUGACUGAUCCGGAUCCUUCUGAGGAGACUCGGGGCAUGGGAGGGGAGCGGUGCAGAAUGUACUGGAACACUUCUUCAGAUGGACACCUUUAUUCUAAGGAUACAUUGAUGGGACUGACCGUGGGCAUUGUCCUGUACACAGCAGUGUGGAGGACUCUUCUUCCAUACUAAUGGAGACUCUGUGUAUUAAAGAUGAUUAAUGACA